UGACGGGAUGCUGGCGGAAUGAUCGAGGCGGACUCUGUAAGGAGGCCCAGGUGUUGGUCCACGGGCCCCGAGUCCUUAUCACUACAGCAUAAUAACACAUCAGCAUUACUCGGGGCUGAGCCAUUUUGGACACACAGGAGCACGCUCUCCCCCCGCCGCUGUAUGCAGAAGAAGCCUGAACACGGAAGUUGUUGGUUUGGAUGGCAGCUGUUUUCCAGAAGUUCACGAUGAAGAGCACCGUUUUCCUGCUGCUCCUGGCAGUUCUCACCUGUGGACUCUCGCAGGGAAACGAAAAUGAUGUCGAGGAGGUGCAGGUGGAGACCCUGGUGCAACCCGAAACUUGCUCUGUACUUUCCAGAAUGGGAGAUACGUUGAAAAUCCACUACACGGGUAAACUGUUGGAUGGAAAGGUGAUCGACUCGUCACUAUCCGUGGACCCGCUUGUGGUAGAGCUGGGGAAGAGGACAGUUAUUGCUGGUCUUGAACAAAGCUUGGUUGGCGUGUGUGAAGGGCAAAAAAUUAAAGCCACUAUUCCAUCUCACCUCGCAUAUGGAAAAAAAGGUUACCCUCCUACAAUUCCAGGUGACGCUGUCCUUGAGUUCGAGGUGGAGGUUGUUUCUCUGACACAGCAGACGCCAUGGCAGAAAAUGGUGACGGACGUGCUCCCCCUCGUGUGUCUGGCUCUGGUGCCCACUCUGCUGGGCCUGGUGGGCCUUUACCUCUACAACAAGGCCAAUGCAGAGAAGCCAAGCAAAAAGAAGUCAAAGGAUAAGAAGAUCAAGAAGAAAUAAGGACAAGCCACAAAACUAUUUAAAUAAAGUUUUUUAAUUGUA